AUGGCCAUCCAGGUGGAUCCGUCGUUCCUGCAGGGCUACCUGCACAGAGGCCGUCUCCGCCGUCAACUGUGCCAGUUCUCAGCAGCUUCCGCCGAUUUUGAGAAGCUAAUAGAGUUAAAGCCGUCGCAUACCAGCGCGCGGAAGGAGCUAGCGUCAACUAAGGCAGCGGCAGAGGCUCUAGCGGCCGUUAAAAGCGCAGUAGAGUCCGGGGGAGGGGAGGAGGUGGAGAAGCGGUUAGAGGAUGACGUGCUCAGUGUAGUUCCGGACUGUAAAGAGGCGCUGUUGCUUAAAGCGAAGCUGCUUAUGGCGAAGGGGGACUACCCUGGCGUGAUUGCAGAGGCGGGCAGGGCUCUUAAAUCGGAUGAGAAUGACCUGGAAGGGCUGCUGUUGAGGGGGAGGGCGUAUCUGUACAACGGCGACCACGACCACGCACUGAAAGUCCCUGCCCUUCUCCUCUUCCCUUUCCCCUCUCUCCCAUCCCCCACUCUCCCAUCCCAUCUUCCCGCCCCCCUCUUCCCCCCCUCACUCUUCUGUCUCUCCUCCUUAUCGGGGUUUCUCCGCCUCUCCCCUUCGUCCAGGCACUUCCAGGCAGGUCUUCGGUCGGACCCCGAGCAUGGGGAGCUUAAAAAGGCCUACAGACAGCUCAAGAACCUCGAGAAGAAAACCAAAGCGGCCCAGGAACUGCUGGAGCAAAGCAAGUUCCGCAAGGCAGCAGACGAUUUCAAGGCAGCUCUGGAGAAUUCUCAAAUUCACCUGAUCAUCCCCGACCACAAGCAGCACAACCUGAAGCUACAACUGGGGCUGUGCAGGAGCCUGGUGAAGCUGGGGCGAGGCAAGGAGGCGGCACAGGCGUGCUCGGUGGUUCUGGCAGAAGACAACGACAACUUUGAUGCGCUGCUGCUGCGUGGUGAGGCGCGCAUUGCAAGUGAGGAGUGGGAGGGCGCUCUUGGGGACUUCAAGCAUGCGCACCAGCUGAACCAGCAGAGUCGUGAAGCUGUCGCAGGGUUUCAGAGAGCAGAGCAGGGGUUAAAGAUAAGCAAGCGAAAGGACUACUACAAGGUGCUGGGGUUGGACAAGAGCGCGUCUGCUGCUGACAUCAAGAGGGCGUAUAAGAGGCUGGCGCUCAAGUGGCAUCCGGAUAAGAAUGUGGAGAACAAGGAGGAGGCGGAGGAGCAGUUUAGGGAGGUGGCCGCUGCUUAUGAGAUUGUAGCAUUCGAGUGGCAUAAGAACGUGGAGAAUAAGGCGGAGGCCGAGGAGCAGUUUAGGGAGGUGGCCGCUGCAUAUGAGGUGCUAGGGGACGAGGACAAUAGAGGGAGGUACGACCCUGGAGAGGAUGUGUUGGGAGAUGAGGACAAGAGAGGGAGGUACGACCGGGGAGAGGAUGUGGACGAACCAGAGCAGCAGGGGGGAGGCGGGGGCUUCCCCUUUGGCCAGAACGUCAGGUUCCACUUCCAAGGGGGUGGGGGAUUCCCAGGUGGUUUCCCGGGUGGAUUUCCUGGGGGGUUCCACUUUCAACAAGGGUAA